AUGCCCCCUGGUAUCAGAACUUCCAUCACCAGAAAUACCAUCAAGUAUAACCCCUCGGCCUGGGUCUUGUCACUCCUGACCACCUCACUCGUUCAACUCUGCCUUGCAGCACCAUCACCAGUCAACGGCCAACCUGACUUGUCUCCGAGAGGCAACAACAAUCCUUUGAAUAUCGAUUGGGAUCCUGCUCCGGCACCAGAAGACGGACCCCCAUUGUCACGAGGCGCUCUCCGUGACCCGGCGUAUCUCCCAGCACAGAUUGGCGGCAUUGUUGGUUCAUACGCGGUAUCGUUGGUCAUUGUCGCCAUCCUUCUUCUUGUGCUUUCCAAGGGACGGCGUCAAGCCUUGAUCAACGCGGAUCUCCCAGAAGAAGACAAGUACCUCGAGUUCAACCCUCUUCCGGCAUACCUUCAGCAAACCGAGGAGGAGUUCAAACAAACACUUGCUCAGUUCCACGGACACGAACAAGGAGAGCAGUUUCAUCAGCAGCAGCAACUUGAAGAGGAAGGACAAGUACCACCACCACUUCCUACGCUUCAGAUCCCACAGAGCCCAUACAGGAACUGGGGAUUCGGACAAUCACCACUUAGCGCAAGCAGGUCGCAACACUCAAUCAUCUCUGCCGGUUCACCAACCUCAACAGUUCUCGCAGCCGGCUACGACCUUUCAGUUGACCAGACGGUGAUCCGCCACGACAGAGCCAUGGCGCAACAACAGCUAGAAGAGAUGUACAAGCAUGUGAUGGAGCAGGAGGAGGCAAAGGCAGAAGGGAGGCAGUACAUACCACCGCACCUACCACGGCCCUCGGUGUCAUUUGCUUCCCAACAGCAACAUCAACAUCAACAAGCCCCAGCAACACCAGGAACCAUCCGCAAGAACAAGCCCUCCAACCUCAACCUCUCCCAGGAAAAGGAAGAGAAGCAAUCCCGCGGUUCCUCGUUGCUCAACUUCCUCAAGUCUCCCAAGAAGAACAAGGCGCCCCAAGGCCUCUCUAUCUCCUCGCCCAUCAUGACCCCCAUGUCCGGCACUUUCCCUCGCGGCUACCACCCGGACGUCGACGGGCAAGAGAUGAACGCCAUCCCCCCCCGUAACUACGCUCCCGCCAAGCCACCCCCCAUUCCCUCAGAUGUUUUGCCCUUCCGUCGCCAAAACAGCGCUGGUCAAGCUCAAUACCCCACCCCCGACAUCUCCCCCAUAAGCACUCAAUCCAUCGACCAACGGAUCGACGUCGCUUUGCACCGUCCUCCCACCCGCGGCGAACGCCAGGGAGCUCGCUCCGGCGAGCGUCUUCCUUCUCACGUCCGCGACACCUCAGCCGCCUCCAACGCUUCUUCCCUAACAGGCGACGCCUACCUCGCCGACCCGCCCUCCGCCGUCUCCGAGCGAUCCACCUCCGGCCUCGUCUCCGGUUCGGGAACAGUCGGCCUCCCCUCCUCUCCCCGUCCCGGCGUCAACCGUUUCCCCUCGCUAGACUCAACCCGCACCCUCCCCUCUUCUCCCAAACCCGGCGCCUCCUUCUCCUCUUCCCGCUCCGGCGCCUCCUCCCUGCGCGCCAACGCCCCUGCGCCCCUCGGUUCCCUUAACGGAAACAACGCCUCAUCAUCAGCAGUCCGCGCCGGCGGCGCCUUGCCUCUUCGCGCAUACGAACCGUCCCUCGCUAGUCCGACCAGCGGGUCGCAGACAACCAAGCAAACUGUGUUCACGAGACAGGUUAAUGGGCCCUUGAGUCCGGGGAUGAGCACAGCGGGCUUAAGGACCCCUUGGACUGGCGCGCCCGUGCCGUAUAGUCCUUAUCAACCGUUUAGUCCGGUUGUGCCGAUUACGCCGAGCUUGGUCACUAAGGCGGAUAGGAAGCGGAUGAGGAAGUUUGAACCGAAGACGCCGACUGUGGAGAUGGUUAGGAGUGAGGAUGAUAUUUGGUAG